ACGGUCUGAGGAACAAAAGAAGACGGUGUAGAACAUUCACCUCCACUCUUAACGAACCUUACCAGUCGGUGCGCGCUUCCGCAUCGAAAUCCGUGCAUAUCUCUCUACCCCCGCGCACGAACGCACACUCGGCGUCACACACACACACGCGCGCGCGCGAGUGCAUACAUCCGAUACCGGCGUCGCAGAUGGUGCCUCCCAACGCCAAGCAUCAGGUGCAGAUGCCGCCCGUGGUCGCAUGCCCCCGUUGCCGAGCAAAUAUCCAGUUACCGCCGGGCGCGCCGAUCGUAGCGUGCCCCGUGUGCCAUACGUGCAUACAGAUGACGUUUGCCCCGCCUCCCCCCGUGAUGCAGACGGGUCCGUCGCUUCAGCCCGGGCCGUCUUUCACACACACCCCCGUGACGCCAACUCCAGUGGCGACAUGGCAACAACCAGGGCAACACCAACCACCCGCGCCACAGGAUGCCUACAGGGUUUCGAUCGACCCGCCGGGUGGCGAUUCGACCAUACGGGAGGUUUCCAUCUUCAACGCCCGGCCCCGAAGCCUACUCAACUUCCGCCGCGACCGCACCGUCGUCGUGCAUCGAUCGAGCGAAGGCUCGACGGGCGAGAUGGUCAAGGUCUGCGAGCUGCUGCCUGGAAAGUACCACCACGUGGAGGGCCAAAAGGCCGGAACGAAGUGGGACGCGAGGGACGCGUCGACCGGGAAGGUGCUGCUCGAGUGGAACAUCGCGGAGUGGACCCCGAUCGGUCCAGCCGCAGACCCGAGACCCGCGCCCGUCGUGCAACGAACCAUCGUGGGGAGCUGGAGGUCCCCGCUACGGCUGCUGACGCCUUCCGAGUGGGACACAGACAUGGACCACUGGGACGAGCCCGUCGACGACAACGCCGGCCCGGAUUUCGACUGCUGCCCGACCACGACGCCCUACCACGAGCGAGUGAUGUAUUACACGUGCCUGCGACACACGCUGUUCUUCUGCUUCUUCAUACGCAGUAGCGACCCUCUCACGAAGAAAUUGCGCUUCAUGUCGUUGCUCGCGGUUGUGUUCUGGAUGUGGGGAACCGCCUUCGAGCUCCACUACCAAACAUUUGUUGGCAUUUUAAUUGUGCAGGCAGUCGUCGGCGGGCUCGUCUCCACGGUCAUCAACGCUUCGUUUCGUGUGCCCUGGAAGUGUUGUCGGCCCAUCGGUCGUGCGUUUGGCUUCCUCAGCUUCUUCGCUCUUUUCCUCUUUGCCUUGUGGGCCACGAUAUUACUGGUGACAGAGGGCCGGGAUAACGAGGGAGAAUACGAGGAAGGCGAGGGAGAAUACGAGGAAGUGGGCUUCAUGGAUAUCUUUGAACCCUUCUGCUACGCUUUGCUCAUAAAGUGGUUCGUCAUGGAGUUCAUCGAGAUAUUCGUCCGAGUCGGAAUGUACGGAUCGUGCGGCGGUUUCGGGCGAUGCUUCGGAGUCGGGCCGAGGAUGUUCCGCCUCGGCAACUGCGUCGCGUCCGCCGCCAUGUGAUAUGUCUAUCGAGUCCCUCGUGUUGUCCGUGUCGUCUAAAUUGUCUGUGUUGUUUUUAAUGACGUCUCG